AUGUCAAGCCCGUGGACAAAACCCGACACAAGCACCCGCCCCAUCGCCGUAAUCGGCGGCGGCGUAAUGGGCCGCAGAAUCAGCAUGAUGUGGAUAUCCUCCGGCUUCACCGUCCUCCUCUGCGAGAAAACAUCUGUAACCGGCAACGCAGUAGGCUACGUCCAAGAACACGAAGCCGAGCAAGCAGCCAAACAACACACGACACCCGCCGAGCUGAAAGCCACCACCUCGCUCGAGGAAGCCGUCUCGAACGCCUGGAUGGUCAUCGAAGCCAUCCCCGAGAAGCUGGAUAUGAAGAUCGACCUCAUGGGUGAAAUCGACAAACUCGCCCCGCCGGACUGCGUAAUUGCCAGCAACUCGUCGUCGCUGCGGAGCAGCCAGAUGAUCGUCAAGACGGAGAAGAAUUACCGUAUCUGCAAUGGUCACUACUACAUGCCGCCGGAGCAGACGUACUACGAGGUGAUGUCGUGUGGACAUACGGAUCCGAAUAUCUUUCCGUUUUUGAUGGAGAAGGCUGCGCAGGCUGGGUUCAAGCCUGUGCAUGCUAAGGUUGAGUCUACUGGAUUGAUCUUUAAUCGGAUUUGGGCGGCGCUUAAGCGGGAGGUUUUGCUUGUCAUGGCUCAGGGUGUGAGUGAUGGUCAUACCAUUGAUGACAUGUUCAAGAGUUGGUUCAAGGCUGAGAAGGGUCCUUGUCUGAUGAUGGAUACUGUUGGUUUGGAUACUGUGUACAAUAUUGAAACUGUGUAUACUGAGCAACGCGGUCUGGACACCACUGUCGUGGAUUGGUUGAAGGAGAACUAUGUUGACAAGGGAAAUCUGGGCGCCAAAGGUGGAACGGGUUUGCUUGGAUAA